AUGGAAGCAGCCAACGACGAGGCCACCGCUAUACAUUCAACGCCCUCCUCGAUCGCAACUAAUGGCGAUAACAAUAAUAGUUCUUCUGUUGUGGACACAAAAACAAAUCUAGAGGAAACGGGGGACGGAAUAUAUGGAAUAUUCAUACGAAAAAAUUUGGUGUUUAAGAAAGCUGAUUGCGAUGAAACGUUGAAUGAAGAUGGCAGUCCAGUGCACAACACCGCUUCGUCUUUGCUCUCACCUAGCGCCGUCACGUUACCUUGUGAAAUGUGCCAUAAUUAUGAGACAAACCUCACUAAAUUACAGGACAGUGAAAGGAAUUUAAAGGAGCAAUUGGCUGCCGCACAGCACCUCGCAGAUCGUUAUCAGACCGAGCUGUCCGGUGAGCGAUUGUACAGGAAUGAACUCGAGUCGAAGAUGAGCAGUGUGUGCAGUGAUACAGAGAAAGAGGCGAGGUUAGCGAUGGACGGCAAUCAGAAAACAUCUGAAGCGUUGGAAAAUUUAGAGAAAAAGUAUGAGAGGUUGAAACAGGAGCAAUCGAGAAAAGUGCAUUUGCUGAAAGAUCGUUUGCGAGAAAUUAAUGACCAAAUGGUCAAAUUGAAUCAACGUUAUCUUAAUUUAUUAGGUACUAAUCGAAAAUGCGCUGCCGAAAUGCAAGCACAAGCCAUUGAGUUGCCCUCAGACGUGGAUCAACUGCAGUUUGUGUGCUUACAACUAAAGGAGGAACUCAUUGAAACGAGAGCAGCCAGGGAGCAUAUGGAAAGAGCACUAUGUGAUGAAAUUACAACGUUGAAAGAGCAGAGAAGAGAGGAUGAACUCGAGAAAAAACGUCUAGAGGCAGCGUUAACCGAACAGGUCAACGGUGUCAGUCAACAACUGGGACUGGCCAGGAGUGAGUUGGUAACACUACAAGAUGCAUCACAUAAAAUGGAAGAAAUGGAUAAAAGAAUAGUGGAGUAUCAGAAUGUAAUCGAAGAUUUGGAGAAACAAGUCAAGUCAACACAUAAAGAACGAAUUGAUCUCGAAAUGACACUGAACGCGUAUAAACAAAAAUGUACAGCACUGCAACAAGAGUUGGAUACGUCGGAAACGGUGCAGAAAGAUUUCGUGAAACUUUCACAGAAUCUGCAAAUUGAACUGGAGAAAAUUCGACAAGCUGAACAGGAGGUGCGUUGGCAGUUCAACGAAGAUGUGCACAUGUGCAAUCAGUGCCAUACGAAUUUCACAAAAAAUGCAUCGAAGUUACACUGUCAACACUGCGGCAAAAUAUUUUGUGCGCAGUGCCUGAAUUGUAAGGUGCCAGCAGGGGCACACGGCCGACUCGCGAAAGUGUGCAAAGUUUGUCACACUCUCCUUAUCAGAGAUUCAGCUCCGUUUUUUUCACAGUCCGAUGAGCAACCGCCGUGA